CUCUCUUUCAAACCUCAACAUCGCUCUGCUUCUCUAACCGCCCGAAACACCUAGGGACUUGAUCGCAAACAUGUCGCGUCCUGAAGAUGUCUUGCCUCCGGAUCUAUUCUAUGAUGAUAAUGAGUCCCGAAAAUAUACCACCUCGUCUCGUAUCCGUAACAUUCAGUCCGACAUGACCCAUCGGGCACUCGACCUCCUAGACCUGAAAACACCUUCUUUGAUCCUUGAUCUUGGCUGCGGCUCUGGUCUCUCCGGAGAGAUUCUUUCCCAGGUGGCUCCCGAAGACGGAGGCCCGCAUACCUGGAUCGGCAUGGACAUCUCACCUAGCAUGCUCGAUGUUGCCCUCCAGCGCGGUGUCGAUGGUGAUCUGUUCCUUGCUGACAUCGGGCAAGGAGUACCGUUCCGGCCAGGAAGUUUCGAUGCAGCCAUCAGUAUCAGUGCCAUCCAAUGGCUCUGCAAUGCGGAGUCUAGUGAUGUUAGCCCGGAGUACCGUCUUCGUCGCUUCUUCGAGGGCCUCUAUGCUAGCCUGCGGCGUGGUGGUCGCGCAGUUUGCCAAUUUUAUCCAAAGAACGACGCUCAGCGGAGCAUGAUCAGUGGGGCUGCCAUGAAGGCCGGCUUUGGAGCUGGUAUACUGGAGGAUGACCCGGGUACAAAGAACAGCAAACUCUACCUCGUGCUCACCGUUGGAGGAGGUGGAUUACAAGGUGACAUCACCGGUGUUGUUGAUGGCAUGAACGACGUGGAUGUCUUGGACGCCCGGAAAAGGGCUAUGGAGCGUGGCAAACAAGCAUCAUCCAAGAAGGGUGACAAGGCCUGGAUUCUACGAAAAAAGGAACAGAUGACCCGGAAAGGCAAGGUUGUGAAGGCGAAUUCGAAAUACACCGGCAGAAAACGACGUCCUGCUUUCUGAUUUCCCUGGUACAGCGCGAUCACUAUGCCUUUAUUAUAAUCCCCUCCCCGAUCACAUCCUCACCCCGGUACAG